AUGGAAAUGAGACAAAAAGUUGAGGAAUAUGAUAAUUUGGAUAUUUUUCAUAAAAUUUUAGUUCAAAAAAGAAAUCAAGAAUUUUUAUAUUCAAUCUCUAAAGAUAAAAGGAAUUUUCCAUUCAAAAUUGAAAAUUUUGAAAUGGAACGAAGAAAUGAGCGUUCUUGUUAUAAAUUCGAUAAAGUUAGAGGCUGCAAGAUAGAUUUGUCCGAACUUUACGUAAAAUACAAAGCAACUGAAGUAUUUGGAUUAAAUUUAGCACGAAGCUAUUUGCCAUCAAGUUAUUGGAUUAAACCUGAUUUAGAGGAUGUUAAUCUAUAUAAAGGCCUUUGGCAUUCUGAUAACAAAUUGGAUUUACUUCCUGACCAUCAGAAAGGAAAUGAUAAACAUCGAGUGAUUAAUCGUUGCUCAUUUUACGGUAAAUAUCCUGUGCAUAAUGGCUACCCACUCAAUCCAGUAGCUCGAACAGGUUUUAAAGGCCGUGGAUCGUAUGGUCAGUGGGGGCCUACUAACGGAGUUGGAGCGAUUUUACAUGUCACUGAUGAAAAAGAUUUUAAUAAAUUUGAGUUUCUUGGUGUUGAAAAUGGCAAGUAUGAGAAGAGAUCGUAUAUCGUCACGCCGGGUGGGUUUGUAGACAUGGGAGAGGAAUUUGAAUAUUCCGCAAAGAGAGAAUUAAUAGAAGAGGCUUUUGGUUUAAAGAAAAAAAGAAACAAAGAAGAGUUUGAAAAAAUGGAAGGAAUUAUUGGUAAAGGAGAAUUGGUUAAAUUUGGUGGUGCUGAGUUAAGUCAGUUAAGUACAGACAAUGCAUGGACUGAGUCCAUUACAUUCGCAUUUGGCGUUGAUUCUACUAUUAAGAAAGAAUUAAAAUUAAAAAAGGGUAGUGAUGCACAACAGGUUAUGUGGAUACAAAUAGAGCCUGCUGAUAAGGAAAUUGAUGUUAAAACUGAAUUAGAAAAAUUAUUUGAUUUGGAGGAACGUAUAGAUUAUAUUCUUGAAAAUUUUGAGGUUAAGAAAAUAUUAUAA